AUGUGGAUGCUUCUGUCUCUCGUAGGAUUGGCUAUUUCUCACCUGAAUUCUAAUCCCGCAAAGGGAAUUGAAAUAGAACUUGGAGAUAGAUUAAUAGAAAGCAUCAAUAAGAACAUUGAAAGUUUCAAGAAACUGACGGGGGAGGGAUUUCUUGAGGAAAAGAUAAACGACCGCUCCUGA